CGGCGGCCUGCUUAUUUUAACUGCGCGCCAACGCCAGAGACACGCGCGCUUAUCUAAGCGCUUUGUGCUUCUCUUUCUGUCCCGUCGCUGACCUUGCUGAACGUGUGUGUGUACGUGUGUUGAUCAACCGGUGAGGAGAAGUUCGUAAUGGGUCAAAAGCAAUCGGGCCUCCCCCCAGGAGCGGGUAGGGAUGGGAACAAGAAGAAACAAGAGGAGAAGAAGCGGAAGUAUGAACCUCCAAUUCCCACUAGAGUAGGCAGAAAGAAGAAGACCAGAGGACCUGACACUGCCAAUAAGUUACCAAAAGUUACCCCACACACUCGAUGUCGAUUAAAAGUACUGAAGUUGGAACGUAUCCUGGAUUUUCUAAAGAUGGAAGAGGAGCUCAUUCAAAAUAUGGAGAGGCUUCGUCCACAAGAACAGAAAGAAGAGGAAGAGCGUUCAAAGGUAGACGAGCUUAGAGGUACUCCCAUGGCCGUUGGAACCCUUGAGGAGAUCAUUGAUGACAACCAUGCCAUUGUCUCAACCUCCGUUGGCUCAGAGUACUAUGUCAACAUGCUAUCAUUUGUGGACAAGGAUCUCAUUGAACCAGGGUGCACUGUCCUACUCAACAACAAGUUCCAUGCAGUGGUAGGUGUACUAAUGGAUGAUGCUGACCCCAUGGUGUCUGUCAUGAAGCUGGAUAAAGCCCCCGAGGAAACCUAUGCAGACAUCGGGGGACUAGAUGCUCAAAUACAAGAAAUCAAAGAAUCAGUAGAACUACCACUGACACACCCUGAGUACUAUGAAGACAUGGGCAUUAAGCCACCUAAAGGUGUUAUACUCUAUGGAGCUCCAGGAACAGGCAAAACCCUGCUGGCCAAAGCUGUUGCUAACCAGACAUCAGCUACUUUCCUAAGAGUCUGUGGAUCUGAACUCAUUCAAAAAUAUCUCUGUUCCUGUGUCUCCCUGUGACUCCCCAGUCUCCCUAUGACUCCCUGUGACUCCCCAGUCUCCCUAUGACUCCCUGGAGAUGGCCCAAAACUUGUAAGGGAGUUGUUUCGUGUGGCGGAAGAGCAUGCCCCAUCUAUUGUGUUCAUUGACGAAAUUGACGCUAUUGGCACCAAAAGGUACGAUAGCCAUUCUGGGGGUGAGAGAGAGAUCCAGAGAACAAUGUUGGAGCUGCUAAACCAGCUUGAUGGCUUUGACUCAAAAGGUGAUGUCAAGGUCAUUAUGGCUACAAAUCGGAUUGAGACCUUGGACCCAGCAUUAAUCAGACAGGUCGUAUAGAUCGCAAAAUAGAGUUUCCACUGCCAGAUGAGAAAACAAGGAGACGUAUAUUCCAGAUACAUACCAAGAAAAUGACUCUUGCACAAGAUUUAGACCUGGAGGAGUACAUAACAGCUAAAGAUGAUCUCUCCGGAGCUGACAUCAAGGCAAUCUGUACUGAGGCUGGUCUGAUGGCUCUUCGUGAGAGGAGAAUGAAGGUGACUAGUGAAGAUUUCCGGAAGUCGAAGGAAAAUGUUCUUUAUCGAAAGAAUGAAGGAACUCCAGAGGGACUGUAUUUAUAGUUACUUACAAACAGUAACAUUUGUGGUCAAAUAAUUCUCCACCUGUGUAUGUAUGUUUAAGUGCAAUAUUUCGUGAACGGGAUAGAAGGUAGACACUCAGCAGAAGAAAAACAAGCUUAGCAGUGCCACUAUAAUACAUAAAACUGCAUGUUACACAGAAGUGAGGGGAUUGUGUCUCAGUAGAUACUUU